CCACAGCCUUCCGUUCCCCGCUUGCAGCGGGGUGGGAUGCAAGUGUGAGGCGGUCCGGUUAGGUCGGAACGCCGCUGGCCCCGCUUCUCAGGGACCGGCUAGCAGCCUCCGCCACCGGCGGGGCCGGGCGGCGGGGCCAUGGCGUGUCGGGCGCCGCUCCUCUCCCUUCUUCUCUUCCUCCUCCUCCUCCUCGGCUGGGUCCGGGCCUCGGGCGCAGAAUCUUCUCCCCACUUACCGGCACCAAAGGAUGUGGUGGUUCAUUCCUAUAACUUUCGUAGUUCACUGAGGUGGUCUCCUGUUAAAGUGGACAGAGGCUUGGUGUUAUAUACAGUCCAUUUUAAAACUGGGGCCUUUAACGAGUGGGAUGAGAUGAACUGCACCCGUAUCACCCAGACUGAGUGCAGCUUCUCCUGGACACUUAGGAAGCGGCGCUGGACUGUUAAGCUGCGUGUGAGGGCUGAGCUAGGGCCAGUGACUUCUGACUGGGUGGAAACAGAUCCAUUUGUGGCAGAGAAAAACACUACUAUAGGGCCCCCUAAAGUGAGCAGCGUGACUGAAAGCAUUGACUCCCUUCUCAUUAAUGUUACACCCCCUUUUGGCACUGAAGCAGGUGACAUUCUUUGGUAUCAUGUGUCCUACUGGGAGAAUGCAAAAAAUACUACUAAAAAAGAGAUAAAGACAACCAACUCACUAUUCAAAAUCACAGAUCUAAAGGAAUCAACACUUUAUUGUUUCAGAAUUCAAGUAGAAUUGAUGACAUAUUUAGAUGCCAAGUUACUUGGACUGCAAAGUGCCCCAGUGUGUUGCAGAACUACUACCAAUGAGGCAACGAAAGCUGGAUAUAUUAUACUAAUAUUUGCAUUACUUCUUGUAGCAGUUGGUUUGUUUCUUUUGUGGAAACUCCCCAAAACAAUUAAGUACUGGUCUCAGCCACCUUUAAAAAUCCCAUCGCACUUUAAAGAGUAUUUGAAAGACCCCGAUACGACUGUUCUGGAUGAGCUGAACAAUCAGGCUGAAGAUGAUCCCCACGAUUCCUUAUCCAUUGUGUCUUGUGGAGAAGGAAGCCAAGCCUGUGGUAGCAGUUUGGACAGCCAAGUUCAUCCACACAGCAUCUCAGCUGAAAGUGAAGUAACUUAAGUGGUGCUCUGGUGAGACAGCCUUGUACCAAGUAUUUGCAGAAGCUUCUGCCUCGGAGCAGCCCCCUGUGGUUGCUGGCAGGACCAGCACCUGGCUGUGGCCAGACUGUGGCACUGACAUAUCCUGAGCAAGAUACUGCUGCCUGAGAAUAAAUAGCAUGGACACUGAGCCUGUGUUUAAGUGGCUUCUGCUGUGCCACAACAGCAACUGUGUUCUGCCAAAGAGACUUGACAGGUGGAAGGUGAAAGGGAAAUGAACACUAAAUAAAUAAGAUGGAUAUAUUAAUACCACUAUAUUUUCCACCCAAUACUGAAAUAAAGCUUUGAGAAGUAAUGGCACUUAACCAUGGGAUGUAAUACAACCUGGGAUUUUUCAGUGACUAAAUAAUUGCACUAUGAAUCACUUUUAUAGCAUCUUCCAGUUUGUUGCCUUAUUUGUCUGUGUUAGCACUCAGUCUGUAUUAUAUCCCUUCCUCUGUGGGCUUUUCUGAAUAUUAUUUAAGUACAUGCCAUCUUCUGUGGCAGCAUCUUCCCUCCAGAUAAAAAUGGAAGUCUAAAAAAAGAAAGUUUAUAUCACUCAACACAAACCUAUGCAAGGAACUGCACCAGGAAAGGCCUCCUCAUAUCUGCCUCCCAGCCUAUUCAUGAGAAGCAUGAAUCUUCUGGACCUGCAGUGAGGCAGUGAGGCUUUUCACAGCAAAGCAAACUUUAAAAUAAUUUUCCUCAAAAUGUAUAUGAUAUCUGUCAGUCAUUAUCAGAUUAGUCCUGCAAAUGAAAAGUUGAUAGAGGGCUCUGGUUUUGAGUCCCUUAGUGAGGAGACUGCAAGUAAAGCCUCACAUCCUGUGGGGUCUGGAAGGUGUCUAAUAAAGCACAAACAGCAAGUUUACAAAUUCUGUACUAAA